AUGGAUGGCGAUCAACGAAUGAAGCAGCAUGAAAAGUCAAUGUCUCGAUCUGGAAAUGCCGCUCGCAGAGCACCUGGUCGUGCAACCGAUCGUUUUGACCCGGCCAUACAACCACGUGGAGACCCAACGGGGAUGUCGCAACCCCCGGAGCAAGCCCCGUUGUCCUAUGACUACGGAUACACAGGCAGCUCCUUCCACGGCGGUCCCCUGCAGUCCAGUGAAUUGCAGAACUAUCAACCCCAGGACUUUAUCCGGCGCUCUCAGCAAGCGCCCUCAAUUCAACCACAGCGACGGCGCGUGCCGUCGCAAGACCCCACGGCCUUCUAUGAGUCCAGCAUGCUCUACGGGUUCGGUCAGCCGGGCCCAACCCAAGGACCCUUUGAGGUUGUUCCACAGUACCCGACACGGCCGUCUGCAGCUAUUGAUGCCCUGCCGAAUCAAUUUGCCGUUCCACAGUAUUUUGCGCCAGAGGAAUCCGCAGGGUCUGGGGUCGCAGGGCUCUCGCCUUAUCUAAAUGCGCAACUCCAGCCUUAUAACCAACCGAAUCCCAUGGCACGUCCGAACACCACCCAGUCAUUUUCUGCACCCAUCUCUGAUUUCACCGUAAUCGGGUCCGGGUCCAUGAACAGAUUGGAUCAAUCCCAGCUCGAACCGCAGAAUCAGCCUUCGGACCAGCCGAGUCUGGAGGAGGCCAUUGGCAGAUAUCAAGGCAUCCUGCGCCGCACAUUCGAUCAAACGCGAGCGGGAAGAUUGGUAGAGGCUGGAGAGUCACUACUCGAAAUUUCCGAGUGGCUCGUGACCAAUGCACGGGAUCUAGGCCUCCUCCACGACGACAGCGUCCAUUACUCCGACCGUCUCAAGCUUUGGAAUGACUUCAAUAUAUGUUGGCUAGCCAUCUGUCAGAAGCAAAAGGAUCUGAUACUUGAGAUCAUUGCCACAAGUCAACAGCCGGCGCAUGUCAGUCUACUUCGACGAGACCGCAUGGAGAACAUGGGCCGAGACCUGAUUCAGCUUUGCGAUCAACUCGAACCACAUGGGUUAGUGGAUUACCAAAUGGGUAUAUGGGAGGAAGAGAUAUUAUCCAUCUUGGGCCAGUGUCUUGAUCUCAUGGACAGUAGACCCGAUCUCCACCAUAUCUCUGCUAUCCCCGAACCUACCGCAGUGGCUCGACCAUGA